AUGAAGCUGUCGCUCUCUGUCUCUGAAGAGGAGGUUCCCCCUGAGCAGCAGCACUGUGAGCAGGAGUGGAGCCGCAGUCUGGAGCAGGAGAACUCAGAGACCAAACAGAUUAAAGAGGAACAGGAGGAAGUCAGGACCAGUCAGGAGGAAGAGCAGCUUCGAGGGGCGGAGCCUGAUAUCAUAGGGUUCAUUUUCUCUCCUUCCUGUGUGAAAAGUGAAUGUGAUCAGGAGGACCAAACCCAGACUGUGGAGAACAGAGAGAGUGACUCUAAACCAGUGGAUCUCAAAUCUUUUGUCCAUGUGACCCACUUAAAUGGUCUUGACCUUCCAGAUAAUGACAGCAAUACCUCAAGUCACAGUACAGCCGUAAGCAGCGACACAGUGGGACUUGACAGCAGCCCACCAUUGGAUCCCAGCCCAUUGGAGAAACACUGUUCCAAACUCAGCACCACGUCUAGAAGAACUCACCACUGCCAUGACUGUGGUGCAAAGUUUCCUCUGAAAGCUGACCUGCAGAGACAUGUGACUUUCCCCAAGAAGAUACCCAGUGAAUGUAGAUUCUGCAGAAAACGCUACAACUCCACCUGUAAACUGAAGGCCCAUGUCCGACGCUGUCACAGUGGGAAACACUGCACCUGCCCUGUUUGUGGAAAGACCUUCAAAUACAAAGGCUAUCUUUCCAAGCACUUAAGGAUUCACACAGGAGAGAAACCAUUCAACUGUGGUGACUGUGGGAAAAGCUUCACUCAGAAGGGGAACCUAACUGAACAUGUACUGAUUCACACAGGAGAGAAACCUUUUAGCUGUGGUGACUGUGGGAAAAGCUUCAGUCUCAAGAAGACACUAACGGAUCAUAUACGAACUCACACAGGAGAGAAACCAUUCAGCUGUGGUGACUGUGGGAAAAGCUUCAAUAAGAAGGGACACCUUUCCGUGCAUCAACUGACUCACACAGGUGAGAAACCUUUUAGCUGUGGUGACUGUGGGAAAAGCUUCAGUCAGAAGGGGAAUCUAAGCAUUCAUAAACUGACUCACAUAGGUGAGAAACCUUUUAGCUGUGGAGAAUGCGGGAAAAGCUUUGGGCUCAAGCGACACCUAACCAUGCAUAAACUGACUCACACAGGAGAGAAACCAUUUAGCUGUGGAGACUGUGGGAAAAGCUUUAAUCGCAAGGAGGUCUUAACCAUGCAUAUACGGACUCACACAGGAGAGAAACCAUUUAUCUGUGGUGACUGUGGGAGGAGCUUCAGGCAUAAAGGGUCCCUUAAGAUACAUAUAUUGUCUCACACAGGAGAGAAACCAUUUAGCUGUGGUGACUGUGGGAAAAGCUUCAAUCAAAGGGGUAACCUUAACAUGCAUAUACGGACUCACACCAGAGAUAAUUCAUUUUGCUGUGGAGAAUGUGGGAAAAGCUUCAAUCAGAGAGGGAACUUAACCACACAUAUACAAACUCACACCAAAGAUAAUUCAUUUCGCUGUGGUGACUGUGGGCAAAGCUUCAAUGAGAAGGGGCACCUAACUGAACAUAUACGGACUCACACAGGAGAGAAACCAUACAGGUGUGGUGACUGUGGGAAAAGCUUCAUUCAGAAGGCGGACCUAAGGAGGCAUAUCCUGACUCACACAGGAGAGAAACCACAUGGCUGCUCCGUCUGUGGUAAAAGAUUCACUCAGAAGUCUCAUCUGCUGAGGCAUGUGGAUAAAAUCCACAAAGGAAGAAAACAGGACAGAAACUGAAAGGGGAAAGAACAUUCGGACAAAGAGAUUAUCUGUUAGGAAGCAACAGCGAUGUGGCCCUUAUCAAAUAUGCAGACGACAUGGCUCUGGUUGCUUGCCUGGAGGUCAAGUCCAUCUCCAGCUACUCCCAGUUCAUUGACUGCCUCUUGACGUGGUUUGACAAUAUCUUAGGAGCUCAGUUUGGGUCUUAACUUACUAUUAAGACUCAGAAUAGUAGAAUACACCAGGUCCAAUUUAGACAUUUGGAUCAGCACGUUGUUUGUCUCUGACAGUCACUCAAUUAGCAAUUUUAGAUUGGAAGUUAGUCUAGCCAGCUAUCUAGUAAUCACUGCUGAAUACCGACCAGGCAGGGAAUGUGCCCAGGGGCCCAUAUUAACAUGGAAUAAGUCAUUACGGCAGGGGGGUGGCAGGUAGCCUUGGGCCAGUAACCGAAAGGUUGCUAGAUCGAAUCCCUGAGCUGACAAGGCAGUUAACCCACUGUUCCUAGGCCGUAAUUGUAAAUAAUAAUUUGUUCUUAACCGACUAACCUUAAAUAAAGGUUAAAUAAAAAAUGACAAAAUGUGUAGAAUAGCAGGAAAUUAUUUUUAAAACAUACAUUUCUCUUCACCAUCAGAGGGGUUGUCAUGUUUUGUCAUUGGUUAUCAUGUCUUGUCUCUGUGCUUCCCUUCUAUUCGUUUCCCUCUGCUGGUCUUAUUAGGUUCUUUCCCUCUUUCUAUCCCUCUCUUCCCCUCCCUCUCUCCC